AAGUCCAAUCGCCUCGGUUAACAAAUGACCCGGUCAAUGAAAUGGGGUACAUAGGAGGGAGCUUGCGGGGUAUCAGGUUUCCAUUGUAUAUACGAAUGCACUUGUUAACACACAUUACUUAUAUCAUAAAUGUGUCCUUUUACUUCGAAUCUAAACAAUAUAUUCAAUUCGAAAAUGAGAAAUAUUCGAACGUCAUUCUAGGCAAGCGACCAGUAUCAGAAAGCCAUACCAGAUGUUGCUAUGGUUCUGGAGGAGAGGCCGCCUGAAGGUUGCUAUUUUCACUUGUCUUGUAAUUGCUGUAUGGAUGAUAACAAGUGGACACAAGGAUUUAAACGACCUUGAAAAACACAACCAUGACCCCUACAGACCUCGUAUGGUCAAGCUUUCGGCGAAAGAAGCACGUGUACAAAAACAGCCAAAAGAGCAGGGUCAGGAACUUCUGCAGGAUCUGCCCAAUGAGGAGAAGGAUGUUCCAAGGGUGGACAACUCUGGGGCUGUGUUCAAGAAGGGAGAACUUGGAAAUUAUGAACCAACUAUAAAAGAAGUGCGCUCUGGACCAGGGGAAAAUGGAGCAGCGGUUUAUUUGAAAACACCUGACGAAGAGUCCAUUAAAAAGUACGGAUGUGAUAUGAGUGUGAGCGACAAGAUAUCACUGGACCGAUCCAUCCCUGACACAAGGGACACAGAGUGCAAGUUUUGGCAUUAUCCCACCAAUCUUCCGAGUGCCUCGGUGGUGGUCGUAUUCUACAAUGAAGGCAACAGCACCCUCCUGAGGACUGUCCACAGCAUCAUCAACCGCUCCCCGCCAUCCCUCCUGAAGGAAGUGGUCCUCGUGGACGACGGCAGCACCGUUGAUCACCUGAAGGCUCCAUUAGAAUCCUACAUUCAGCGUUUCAAUGGCUUGGUCAAAUUGUACCGGAACAAAGACAGGCUUGGGCUCAUAGGUGCCCGGAUGAGGGGAGCAAGGGAGGCUACCGCAGAUGUCUUUGUUGUACUGGACUCACACUGUGAAUGCAAUGUGAACUGGUUACCUCCCUUGUUACAUAGAAUAGCUCUCAAUAGGAACACCUUAGCUCUGCCAACUGUCGACUACAUCAAAUAUUCCGACUUGCUUUACUUUCCAUUGCCGUCACUCGACCAACAAAAGGGCGUGUUUGAUUGGGGCUUUAACUACAAGCAGAUACCACUAACAGCCGAAGAGAAAGCCAGAAAGAAAUACCCAACGGAACCUCAUAAAUCUCCAACGCAUGCAGGAGGCCUUUUUGCGAUGAACCGCGAGUAUUUCCAUGAAAUUGGCGGGUAUGAUCCCAAUCUCCAUGUUUGGGGUGGUGAAAACUUUCAGCUGUCUUUCAAGGUAUGGAUGUGUGGGGGUCAGAUAGAGUGGGUACCGUGCUCCAGGGUGGGACAUAUCUACCACCCCUACAUGCCCUACAGCGUCAACAUCGUCUCCACAGACAAAAUCAAAAUACCCGUAAUACGUCAUAACUAUAUUCGAGUGGCCGAAGGUUGGAUGGAUGAAUAUAAGGAAAACUUUUACAUACGGGAACCUGACUUACGUGGCUACCACGUGGACGUGUCUGACCAAUGGGAGCUGAGACGGAAGCUCCGCUGUAAAAGCUUCAAGUGGUACAUCGAGAAUGUCGCCCCUGACAUGUUGAUGUACUUUCCUCAGCUUCUACCAAAUAUACAGUGGGGCAUGAUACGUCUUAAGGGCACAAACAGUUGUCUGUGGAAAGAUAACAGAAAUGCAAAGAUGGCAGCCUGUGAUGGUCGAGCGGAAGAGAUAUUUCGUCGGAAUACUAAAGGACAAAUAGCUCAUGGCGAAGUUUGUAUAUCAGCGAAAGUACAGGCGCCAUUUAGACUGAGGUUCACGCGUUGCGCAGGCCCUGAUAAUGAACCAUGGAACUGGAUUGAGGACACAAAUCAAAUAAAACAUACAGAGAAAGAUCUUUGCAUGAAGGGGUCAUCUACAUCCGGGGAUGUUGUGUUGGCGCCAUGUGAUGAAACCAGUAUGGACCAGAAAUGGACAGUUGAGGCAUACUAUUCCUGGAAGAAGAACACGUGACACGUCACUUCACAUGUCCCACAAAUAUCUGAAGACUGAAGGUACUACACGGAACCGUUCCUGUGAAGGCCAAUUCCUUCAGAGGAAACACCUGGCCUGUCGAGAGAGUCUUGUAACCUAUCGUAUUUCUCCGUGGACAAAUAAGACAGAGUGUCUUGGUUGACAACUCUCCACUUCCAUUGCUUACAUUCAAAGCUAAACAUGAAGACAGAUUAUUAAAACAUGAAUCUUUAUUUUCUAACAAACCACAUAAAGAUAAUUUAUCAUGUCAACUUCUUUAUUUUAGGAACACGACGUUUCGGAGUAUAUUCAAACCCCUCCAUCCUUAUCUAGGAAAAAGAUAGCUCUAUAAGGGAAGCCAGUAGUUAUUUGGCUGAUUGUUAACAGCAGUGGACAAAUAUAAGCCAAGGGUUAAUCCAGGCAUCAAUGAUGAGGCAACAAUGAUGGUACUUAACAAGGAAAUCCGAUGAUUACGACACGGAUUGGUAAUGGCAAUAAACAUAAUUUAUUUUGUAUAUCAGGGUCCCUUCAUAAUAUAAACUGUAUUGAGUUUAUAUGUACAUGCUGAUGUUUACAUAACGUAAUGUUACUGUGAAAAUAUGCCAUUGCAUGUCCAGUGAUUACAGUUGUAACAAACUUGACAUGUUUGCUUUAAAUCUGUAAAUUGUAAAUAUUUAAUCUCCGACACACCUGAAUAAAUAUAACGAGUAGGUCAUAAGUAGUA